AUGAAUUUCAUAAGAAGUUUGCUGAUUGUUUUCGAGUUCCAUACAGCUAUCCACAGCAUGGUUUUGAAAGUUCAAAAUUCUCAAGGACUAAAACCCGUUGCAACUUACUUGCCAAAGCGAAAAGCAGAUAAGAAGAAGAGUUUGUUGGGAAAUCCCAAAGACUCUGAUGAAUCCAAAGUUGAAGUUGAGGAGGUUGAUGGUAAGGACUCGGAUCUCAAGGAUGAGGGCCAUGUGGAAUGGGUAUCCUACUGGAAACCAAAUGUCACAAAUAACCUAGUCGAUGACUUUACUCGCUAUCCACAGCAUGGUGUACCACCAAACAUUGAUCCUUACUUACUGGUGGAACCUAGUAUAGUAAACUACUACCCUACAGUUUUUUUCAAUGAGUUUUGGCUGCUAAGGGACAAGUUGAUUUUAAUCAAUGAGACGGUCUCAGAGCUGCCACUUAAUCUGGAAGUAAGCCCCAUAAGCAUGACAAAGUGGCAGCUGUUUCAGCAGAUUGAUCAGUCUUUCCAGAUUCACCGUAGCUAUGGAAGCAUGCUUGAUGGUGAAUCUGACGAACUAAAGAGGGUGUUUUUGGAAGGAAAUCCCUAUCUGUUGGGCGUCACAAUUGUUUCGAUGCUUCAUUCUGUAUUUGACUUCCUUGCAUUCAAAAAUGAUAUCCAGUUUUGGAACAAGAACAAAUCUAUGGAAGGACUGUCUGCGAAGUCUGUCGUACUGAAUUUUAUCUGUCAGUUUAUCAUCUUCCUCUACCUGCUUGACAACGACACUUCGUGGAUGAUACUGGCUAGCUCUGGAGUUGGUGUCUGCAUCGAGUUCUGGAAAAUAGGGAAAGCCAUGCGGAUUGAGGUUGAUCGAGUGGUGAUUCCAAGAUUGAGGUUCCACGACCGUGAAUCCUAUGCAAUCAACAAGACCAAGGAGUAUGACGACAUCGCCAUUAAAUUCUUAUCCUAUGCGCUCCUCCUCCUUGUUGUGGGUUUCUCCAUAUAUUCACUUGCCUAUGAACGCCACAAGAGCUGGUACUCAUGGAUCCUAUCUUCACUAACGAGCUGCGUCUACAUGUUUGGUUUCAUAAUGAUGUGUCCUCAAUUGUUCAUCAACUAUAAGCUGAAGUCAGUAGCACAUUUACCAUGGAGGCAAAUGACAUAUAAGUUCCUCAACACAAUCAUCGACGAUCUCUUUGCUUUUGUCAUCAAAAUGCCAAUGCUGCAUCGCCUUUCUGUCUUCCGAGAUGAUGUGAUAUUCUUAAUAUACUUGUACCAGAGAUGGGUUUAUCCUGUGGACAAAACACGUGUCAACGAGUUUGGUUUUGGAGGUGAGGAUGAGUCUGUGGAUACAAAGAAGAUCUCUGACCAAGAAGAUGACAAGAAAACAAACUAAUUAGCUUUGUGCUUUUGUUCUUUCAAACAAUUUUUGAGUUGUUUUUGGUUCUGCUUUAGGAAGUUUUGCUAAUGCUGCUAUUUGUAUCCAAAUGGAAUUUUGGUUUAGGGUAAUUUUAAAAAAAUGUGUUAAAAGAACAUCA